AUUACAGAAAGCCGAGUCCCGAGCUAGGGCGAGCGGAGGAGGAGGCACAGCGGCCGGCGGCCGAGCACUGCGGAGCGAGCCAGCGGGCCGGCGCCAGCGCCCAGCAGCCGCCUGGGGCCGCAGAAAGCACCCCGGGAGAGCGGCGGCGGCGUGUGCGUGUGGCCCGGGUGCGGGCGGCGGCGCGGGAGCAGCGCGGAGCGGCAGCCGGUUCGGGCGGGCGGCAUCAUGGACGAGAAGUUGUUCACCAAGGAGCUGGACCAGUGGAUCGAGCAGCUGAACGAGUGCAAGCAGCUCUCCGAGUCCCAGGUCAAGAGCCUCUGCGAGAAGGCUAAAGAAAUCCUGACAAAAGAAUCCAACGUUCAAGAGGUUCGAUGUCCAGUCACUGUGUGUGGAGAUGUACAUGGGCAAUUUCAUGAUCUCAUGGAACUCUUUAGAAUUGGUGGUAAAUCACCAGAUACAAAUUACCUGUUUAUGGGAGACUAUGUGGACAGAGGAUAUUACUCUGUUGAAACAGUUACACUGCUUGUAGCUCUUAAGGUUCGUUACCGAGAGCGCAUCACCAUACUCCGAGGGAAUCACGAGAGCAGACAGAUCACACAGGUUUAUGGGUUCUACGACGAGUGUUUAAGGAAAUACGGAAAUGCAAAUGUUUGGAAAUACUUCACAGACCUUUUUGACUAUCUUCCUCUCACUGCCUUGGUGGAUGGGCAGAUCUUCUGUCUACACGGUGGUCUGUCACCAUCCAUAGACACACUGGAUCACAUCCGAGCACUCGAUCGCCUACAGGAAGUUCCUCAUGAGGGUCCAAUGUGUGACUUGCUGUGGUCAGAUCCAGAUGACCGUGGUGGCUGGGGGAUAUCUCCUCGGGGAGCUGGUUAUACCUUUGGCCAAGAUAUUUCUGAGACAUUUAAUCAUGCCAAUGGCCUCACGUUGGUGUCCAGAGCUCACCAGCUGGUGAUGGAGGGAUAUAACUGGUGCCAUGACCGGAACGUAGUAACAAUUUUCAGUGCUCCAAACUAUUGCUAUCGUUGUGGUAACCAAGCUGCAAUCAUGGAACUUGACGACACUCUUAAGUAUUCUUUCUUGCAGUUUGACCCAGCACCUCGUAGAGGCGAGCCACAUGUCACUCGUCGUACCCCAGACUACUUCCUGUAAUGAAAAUGUAAACUUGUACAGUAUUGCCAUGAACCGUAUAUUGACCUAAUGGAAAUGGGAAGAGCAACAGUAACUCCAAAGUGUCAGAAAAUAGUUAACAUUCAAAAACUUGUUUUCACACGGACCAAAAGAUGUGCCAUAUAAAAUACAAAGCCUCUUGUCAUCAACAGCCGUGACCACUUUAGAAUGAACCAGUUCAUUGCAUGCUGACGCGACAUUGUUGGUCAAGAAUCCAGUUUCUGGCAUAGCGCUAUUUGUAGUUACUUUUGCUUUCUUGAGAGACUGCAGAUAUAGGAUUAAACAUUAACACCCGUGAGUCCAGUUGACUUCACUUAGCUGUAGCUUACUCAGCAUGACUGUAGAUGAGGAUAGCAAACAAUCAUUGGAGCUUAAUGAACAUUUUUAAAUAAGUACCAAGGCCUCCCCUCUUGUUGUGUUUCUUUCAGGGAUACCAUUAAUUUAAUUGUAUGAUUUGUCUGCACUCAGUUUCUCCCCUUCUCAAAUCUCAGCCCCGCGUUGUUCUUUGUUACUGUCAGAAAACCUGGUGAGUUGUUUUGAACAGAACUGUUUCCCUCCUGUAAGAUGAUGUUACUGCACAAGUCACCGCAGUGUUUUCAUAAUAAACUUGAGAACUGAGAAAGUCAGGUUUGAAUUGUAUCAGUGGGCACGACUGGUGCUGUUUAUUAACAAGAUAAAUCUAUUGAUCAAUUUCAGAAUUUGUAGAAUCCCAGGUAAAGAAAAAUAAAGAUCAAGGCCACUGUGUAACCUCUCUGGC